CUAAUGGAAUUCGAUCCGGAAACUAAAAGGACGGGUCCAGUUACGACCAAAAUCAUAGCUGCCUGUAUGGACUCUUCGAUCUCUUAUGUUGAUCUGCUAAUACUUGAUGAUUGGACUUAUUCAUUAACCUUCAAUUCAUAUCUAUGCUCAAAUCAAUUCACAGUUUUAAUUAUGUUAGAGCGAAGGAAUUUGUUUCCAAAAGUGGCACAUGAAUUAAAAUCGUUGUGUCAACAACAAAAUCAACUAGAAAAUAUCGAACACAAAGAAGAGGUGUUCUUCAUGGGGACGGAAGCCGGUAGACUUGGUCAAGCGGCAAUUGACGAUACGAUAAGUUUGUUUGAAAACCUAAAGACAUAUCUAAAGGAAAUCUUGAGUGUAGAUUCCGAAGAAUAUGAUGAGAUGAUGAAAACCAUGAUAGAAGAAAUGAAGGAAUACAAUAGCUAUUGCUCAUUACUUAAUUUCAUUUACUCACGAUCUUUUCGUAUCACAUGGGACGAUUG